GUAGAAACAUCGCCAUUGCACGCUGGAGGUCCUUCGGCUGCUUCUGUUAUAUCAGAAUGUAGCGUUAGUAGUCUGCCAAGUGAUGCACAUCGUCUCGAUCUCGACUAUUCUCGGCUCAAAGCAGAACAUCGUAAACUUCAACGUCACUUGGAGGCAGUCCGUCACGAUCGAUAUCGUGCGCCCGACGUUAAAGAGGCUGUUCGUCGUUUGCUCAAAGGUGAUCCGGUAUCUUUGGAAUGGUAUCGAUCCAAAGAAGAGAAAAUGCAAUUGCUAGAUGCUGCUAUAGAUAUCGUUGAUGGAAAUGUGAUAUUAGCUGUUGUUUUGUUUCUGAAAAGUACAUUGAUGGAUUCAUUGUUUCGGGAUCUGUUGUUGAGAAGAUCUCAAGCUGCUGACGAGUACGUAGCCUAUUUAAAAACUACGAGGGACUGUGAUGAAUUGGCGACUACGUUGUUCGCUCUCGGAAGAAACGCUGAUGCAGCCAUGGUGGAGUUCUCCGCUGCUAUACGACAUCAGGUUCCAGAGCAGAAGGUUCAAGCUUUGAAGAAAUGUGUUCGAAGUGGCUUCAGUGAUCCUAUGCUGGUGGCAGAUGCAGCCAUUAUCGCUGAUGAUCAAAGUAAAAACGCCAUCUUCACAGCGUUCCCAAAGAACGCGUCUCUUGUUGGAAAACCGGUCAUUGCUACAUACUACUAUUGUUGUCUAUAUCACUAUGAUGAUCCACUGCAUUCUCUCUCGAAUCCAUCUGGUAUUCAAGGUUUGUUUCGAUUGACAGACAAGGAAUCGGUGUGGAUCAAUGUGAGCGCGUUAGCGAAGCAGAGCAGAUGGCCUGAUGUUGAGCGAGUUCUCCAACCGAAAUCGCUUCUGGGUGCUCUGCAAAGUAGAGCAGCAUUGAAUUCGCCCAAGCUGGUUUGUCCUUUUAGUUGGCAGAACCUGUUCCACAUACUGUACUUCAACUCGACAGCACCUCCCAAAGAUUUGAGCUGUCGAAUUCUACGGGCAGUCAGUGAUGCUGACCAGCGGCUCAAACUCGCUGAAAAGUACGACGUAUGUGAGAUGGUUAUCGAAUGUCUGGUGGCGCAGAGAGAUCGUGCCAGAUUGUCAGCAUAUGCUAGUAAACUAACGCCACAUACUCCUGAUGCAUACAAAGCUUUAGCGGCAUUGAAUAACACGGAGUACAAAUGGAGAACUAGAAGGAUUCGAUCUAGAAUAGUAUAA